CAAUAUAGUCGUAUAGACACAAGUGCAUAACCCAGAGCUAAAUGACUCGACCAAAUUAAACCUAACCCAAGCCCGUUCGACAACGCGAACCCUCUCAAUUACGAAGUAUUAAUUUAUUACAUCAUAGAAUCUUUACUUCAUAUCAUACACCCCAUCACACUUGAUUACCAACCCACCCUUGCAAAUCUCUUAUCCUCUGCCUUUAAAAGCCAACAAGUCCCAAAGGCUACAUUUACAGUCUGCCUCACUCACUUCUCUAAACAUGUCUUCUUCCUUGCUUCUUUGUCUGUUGUUCUUCCUAAUUACUGUCAACUUAAAUGUAGUAUUAACUACUAAUUCAACAAAUAAACACUCUUAUAGUUCAACUAAACACUCCUCAAAUUCUACUAAGAUUGGUAAUGGUUACCGUUUAGUUUCCGUUGAAGAAACCCAUGAUGGUGGCUUCUUAGCUUACUUGCAAGUUAUCAAGAAAAAUAAAAUCUAUGGCCCUGAUAUUCCUAUGUUGCGCCUUUUUGUCAAGCAUGAAACAGAGGAACGUUUAAGGGUACACAUUACAGAUGCAGAAAAACCAAGAUGGGAAGUACCUUAUGAUCUUUUACCAAGAGAAAAACCUCCCUCAUUAAAAAACACCCUAGGAAAAUCCAGAAAAAUCCCUCUUUCUGAUUCUAAAAUCUCAGGAAAUGAGCUUAUUUUCAGUUACACAGUUAGCCCAUUUACCUUCACGGUAAAAAGAAAAUCAAACGGUGAAAUCCUUUUCGAUACGAGCUCGACACAAUCCGACCCGUUUAACAGUUUAGUAUUUAAAGACCAAUACCUUGAAAUUACCACAAAAUUACCCUCUGAUGCUUCACUUUAUGGGCUUGGUGAAAAUACCCAACCACAUGGAAUUAAACUUUACCCGAAUGACCCUUACACACUUUAUACCUUGGAUAUUUCAGCUAUUAAUCUUAAUACCGAUUUAUACGGGUCGCACCCGGUUUAUAUGGAUCUUAGAAAUGUGGGUGGGCAACCCUUAGCCCAUGCUGUUUUAUUGUUAAAUAGCAAUGGGAUGGAUGUUUUUUACAGUGGUAAAUCCUUGACUUACAAAGUAAUCGGGGGUGUUUUCGACUUUUACUUCUUUUCGGGUCCCUCUCCUCUUGAUGUUGUGAAUCAGUACACUAGCUUGAUUGGGAGACCUGCUCCUAUGCCUUACUGGGCUUUUGGUUUCCACCAAUGCAGAUGGGGUUACCAUAACCUUUCCGUGGUUGAAAAUGUAGUUGAGAGCUACAAAAAGGCACAAAUUCCACUUGAUGUUAUCUGGAACGAUGAUGAUCAUAUGGAUGGGCACAAGGACUUCACCCUCAAUAAUGUAAAUUACUCGCGUCCAAAGGUUUUGAACUUCCUUGAAAAGAUUCAUGCUCGGGGAAUGAAGUAUAUAGUCAUCAUUGAUCCUGGUAUUGCUGUCAACUCGACUUAUGGAACAUACACCAGAGGCAUGGCUGAUGAUGUUUUCAUCAAGUACGAGGGAAAGCCUUACUUAGCCCAAGUGUGGCCUGGGGCUGUUUACUUCCCUGAUUACCUCAACCCUAAAACAGUAGAUUGGUGGGUAGAUGAAAUCAAACGGUUCCAUGAACUUGUUCCAGUUGAUGGCUUGUGGAUUGACAUGAACGAGGCCUCAAAUUUCUGCACCGGGCUUUGCACAAUUCCAGAGGGCAAAAAGUGUCCCUCUGGCAUUGGACCUGGAUGGGUAUGCUGCUUAGACUGCAAGAACAUCACAAAAACAAGAUGGGAUGAUCCGCCCUAUAAGAUAAAUGCUUCAGGGAUCAGUUCACCUGUUGGUUACAAAACCAUAGCUACCAGUGCAGUUCACUACAACGGCGUUUUGGAGUAUGAUGCUCACAGUCUAUAUGGCUUUGCAGAAACAAUUGCAACUCAUAAGGGACUUCAAGCCAUUGAAGGUAAGCGGCCAUUCAUUUUGACACGCUCUACUUAUGUGGGGUCUGGCCAUUAUGCUGCUCACUGGACUGGUGAUAAUCAAGGAACAUGGAAUGAUCUGAGGUACUCAAUUUCUACCAUGUUGAAUUUUGGUAUAUUUGGAGUGCCAAUGGUUGGUUCCGACAUAUGUGGUUUCUAUCCUCAACCUACAGAGGAACUUUGCAACCGUUGGAUUGAAUUGGGUGCUUUCUACCCAUUCUCUAGAGACCAUGCUAAUUACUACUCACCGAGUCAAGAGCUCUAUGUUUGGGACACAGUUGCUGAGUCAGCUCGAAAUGCCUUGGGUAUGAGGUACAAGAUUCUUCCUUAUCUUUACACAUUAAGCUACGAGGCACACACUACUGGUGCUCCGAUUGCUAGACCGCUGUUCUUCACUUUCACCAACUACACAGACUGUUAUGGGUUGAGCACACAGUUCUUGCUUGGUAAUGGUCUGAUGGUAUCACCUGUUCUUGAGAAGGGAGCCAAUAGUGUGAAGGCACUUUUCCCUCCCGGCUCCUGGUAUAGUAUGUUCGAUAUGUCUCAGGCUAUUACUUCCAAGGCAGGCAAAUACGUCACCCUUGACGCACCAUUGCAUGUGAUCAACGUACAUCUAUAUCAAAACAACAUUCUUCCGAUGCAACAAGGUGGAAUGACCUCGAAAGAAGCAAGGGAGACGCCUUAUCAUCUUGUAGUGACUUUCCCUGCUGGGGCUAGUCACGGACAAGCCAAAGGGAAUCUCUUUGUCGACGAGGAUGAACUCCCUGAAAUGAAACUGGCAGGUGGAUCCUCGACUUAUGUCGAUUUCUAUGCGACUGUGGAUCAGAACAUGGUUAAGGUUUGGUCAGAAGUUCAAGAGGGCAAGUUUGCUGUAGACAAAGGGUGGACUGUUGGGAAGAUAUCUGUGUUGGGAUUGGGUGGAAAUGCAGGAGCCGUCGCAAUUCAAGUUGAUGGAAUUGAAGUAACGAGUGCACCAGACGUAGCUACGAUAACAUCAGAGCAAAGUUACCACAUACAGUCUGAUGUAGAUGCUGCGAUGAAGACCGUGAUGGUACAGAUUAGUGGGUUGUCUUUGCCUAUUGGGAAGAAUUUCGCCAUGACCUGGAAAAUGGGUGUUUAGGUUGUUUGUGGAUGAUUCAAUGCAUUCAAUUUGUAGACCAGCUUCUUCAUAUUUUUAGACAGAUGAUUUCUGAUUUUUGUGCACAAUUCCCUUAACAGGAAGGGGAAGGAAAAGAGCAAAAUUUGUGAUCAUCCUUUUUCCGAAAAAUAGACUAAGUGAAAUAAGUUGUAAGCAAAUAUAGUUGCAUUAUGGUACGCAGUAUAUUCUGAAUUUUAAUAAAAAUUCAUGCUCUUACAAGUCACAGUAA